AUGUUCGAUCCACUAGACUUCAUUAGUGGGCCUGAAAAUGGGUAUAGCGACCGUGCUGAGAAUAACAAGCUUACGACGCCUUGGAUAUCAAAAAAUUCUGAUAACUCAGCGGAUGAAAGUCUAGCAAUUUACGAAAGUGACGAUGAUGUUGAUGUUCCGAUCCAGGUAAUCGACCUUCCUGUGGUGUCUAUGGCAAACUCUGUGGUUAUUUUGACCAUUCUGUUGUUGCUCAGACCUUCGCAAGGCGUCAAUUUCAAGAAAACGACAGUGCAGGACGACAUUGAAGGAGGCAGCCAUUUAGAUAGCCGGUUAAAGGAGAUACCUGGAGAAUAUCUAGAAGAGACGGUAAAGUGGUACAAGAGCUUUGGACAUUCGAGGCUAGAUACUGUGAAGAAAAUAUGCACUUGCAUGCCACAGUUGGCUACCACUGCCUCAGUCAAAGAUUUGUUGGGGUAUUACACAACUGUACUGGCAAGGUUCAGCAGACCUGGAUCUCUGGAUCAGAUUUCAACCAGGAUUCUCAAGGAAGCAAGCUUACGAAUAUCAGAAAAGUGUGGUCGGACUGCACAGCCAGCCAUGACCCGUGUUUUUCAAGUUGAUGGUUUACAAACGCCUAUAAAACUGCAUGAGCCGGCACUGACGGCCGACAACCUGGGUCUGAAGACUUGGGGUGCGUCGCUGGUUCUAGCACGGAAACUUUGCCAAAGUGUGCAGAAAUUCACGUCCGCAAGAAAAAGCCUUAAGAUAUUAGAAUUGGGCGCGGGAACAGGUCUUGUAGGGAUAGCUUUAAUUAAAAAGCUACUGGAAGCUUCUCGGGAGCAAUCUCAUAGUUUCUUUCUUACAGAUCUUCCAGAAAUUGUCCCCAACUUGCACAAGAACAUGGAGUUGAACAACUGUGAUAGAAAUUCAAAUAUGCCUGCGGAGGCAGCAGUUCUAGAUUGGACAAACCCAUCUGGAUUUCAAAAAGUACAUGGUUACGGGAAAUACGAUGUUCUGUUGAUUGCUGAUCCACUCUAUUCGCCCCAACAUCCCCAAUGGAUUGUAGAUAUGAUUGAUGAGUUCCUAGAUCUUCAAGGUGUGGUAUAUCUUUGCAUCCCAGUCCGCGACAAAUAUGUCAAUGAGAGACAACAACUAUGGGAUCUGCUGGCGAAGUUUGAUCUGCAUAUCGUAAGUGCCGAAGCAGAUGAAGGAAUUGACGAUUGGGGCAAGGUUUCAUAUUUAUAUAAGGAGAUCGUUCGCAGUUGCGGAGUCUCGACAAAAUGCAAAAACUGUUAA